GGAACCGCGGCGGAAGUGGUUGAUUGCUGACACUGCUUUCAGGCAUUGUUUAGGGCAUACCUACGGGGCCUGAAGGGGGCUUCUCCUAGCACCGGAACAACUGGGAGUUCAACCGCAAGCUUCAGAGAUGCCAAUGAAGGGGAAAAGUGGUUCUGGAAAAGGGGGCAAAGGGGGCGCAGCCUCUGGAAGGGACAGUGCUGACAAGAAGUCUCAGGGCCCUAAAGGUGGUGGCAAUGCCGUAAAG